AUGGAGGCGUCAGAGCGACGCCCCCUCGUGCCUCGCGCAGUCAGGUCCAGCGACCACACGAGCGCAGAUUCAUCGUCGCACCGCUCUUCGCAGCGCUCUUCGCACAGCCAUCGCAGUCACGACCUCCAUCCGUUGACGAGCAUCGUCGUAUUCUGCGGCUAUGGCGUCGCACUCCUCCUCGCAUUCAACGUCAUGCGAUUGGGGCCUGCGUUGCCCUCGUCGCAUCCCGUCGCAGCGUGCGACGCCUCGCGUGGUGACACGUGCGACUGGGCGACCCACGCGACCCACCAGCUGCUGCACCGCCCGUGGAGCCCUCCCGUGGCGGCGCUGGCCGUGCUGGGGUUCGCGCUGCUCUUGCUCCGCGCGCUUUCUGGGCAGGCGGCGCGAGUGCGCGCUCUGGAGAUGCGUUUGCGAGGGGCGAAGGGGGAACAGGCGGUUGAACAGGAGCGGGUGAGCAAGGGGGAAGAGGAGGAGAAUAUGGUGGAGAAGAAAGGGUGGAUAGGAAAAGAGAUUGACGGAGGGGAGGAGGAGAGUGCGAGAGCGAGAGGUGCGGAUGCAGGCACGGCGGUUGGCGCAUUGGUCUCACGCGAUGGGGACAUGGCUACGCGAGCUGCUGUCGACCUGCUGGUCCACGGGAUAGCCGCGCCCAUGAGAGGCGCGCUGGGCAUGCUGCGCCUGCUGGCGGCGACCGUGCGCGACCCCAUGCACCUCGACCUCAUCCACUCGCUCCACGCCUUCGCCGCGCACCUCACCCGCCUCGCCGCCGCCGCCAGCACCACGUGGCGCGCGCAGGCCGGCCCGCUGCCCGUGGUGACGUCAGCGGUGGACGUGCGGGGGGUGGCGGACGAGGUGGUGGCGGCGGUGGGCGGGGAGGCGCGCGAGAAGGGGGUGGAGCUGGCGUGCCUGGUCAUGGACGACGUGCCCCCGCUGCUGCUCUCCGACCCCCUCCUCCUCAAACAGCUGCUGCUGUGCGUGGCGGCGGCAGCAGUGCAGCGCACGGAGCAGGGCCACGUGCUGCUCUGCGUGCGCCUGCUGCACCCCCAAGAGGCCCUCCACCGCCAGCAGCAGCAGCGUGCGCAUGAGAAGCACCGAGUGGUGGCAGCGAUUGAGAAUGCGGGCGUGCAACCGAGGCACGGCGAGGACAACAGCCUGCUCCUGCCGCUCUCACGCAUGCCCCUCCCACCGCCCACCCACCACCACCCCCUCUCCCCGCCCCCCACCACAGCAUCCGCUUCUGCCUCCGCGGCCCCUUUCCCCUCCGUUUUCUCCGCGCCCUCCUCCCCCUCCUCCCUCUUCUCCAGCCCGGACCUCCUCGGGCUGGGCGGCAUCGCUCGGCGUCUAGCAGCCUAUGCUGCUCCGUGGAGCGAGCAGGGGGGGCAGGAACAGGCUGACAGCGGGGCGGGUGUGUUUGCAUCGCUCUCCGCUGACGCGUGGCUGCAGCAGGGGGGAAUGGCGCACAGCGAUGCCUAUGAGCACCGCCAGCAGCAGCGGCAGACGCAUCAACAGCAGAAUCGCCAGCAAAGGCAGGAGCAGCAGCGCUUCCAGCAGCAGCAACAGCAGAAUGAGCAGGAACAGGUGCAGAGGGAGGGGGGAAAGGACAGUUUGAGUGGGAGGCGGGUGGUGGACGGGCGGUGCAGCUGGGGCGCGUUGAGGCGGCUGCUGGACGACCAGGAGAGCCGAUUCGCUGCUGCCGUCUCACACGCUGUUGCCACUGGUAGCGCUGGUGCUGCUACUGCUGCGGCUGCUGGUGGUGGCAGCAGCAGUGGGAUGGGGCAGGUGUGGGUGGAGGUGGUAGUGGAGGACACGGGCACGGGCGUGCCGCAACCCGUGGUGGACGCACUCAACGCCAUGGAUGGCGCUAACGCUGCUGCCCGCGCCUGUGCUGCUCUACCAGAGGCGUUGCUGCCUCUCCAUGCCACCACGCCCCUGCUGCUCGCCCACGCACACCUCCUGGCGAGCUCUCUGGGCGGAUCUCUCUCGCUCACCACAGCACCCACGAUCGGCACCACCGUCGCCCUCACCAUCCCCAUGGCCCUCCCCCCUCUCGCCCCCACGCCCUCCUCCUCCCCCGCCCUUCUCCCCUCGGCCUCAUCACCUCCCCCUCCCCAUGCGCCUCUUCCCCCUGCCUUCCGCCCCGCCUCUGCGCCCUCCUUCCCCCGUGCAGGGGGAAGCAGCGGCAGCGAGGGGGGGUUGGCGGCGCUGGUGGGGCUGUGGGAGAGCGUGGGGGCGGACGGCGGGCUGUGGGAGGCCAUGGGGCUGGGGGGAGGCGCGGGGCAGGGCGGGGGGGCAAGGGAUCCCGGUGCUGCUGCAGCAGGGGAAGGCGCAGGGGAGGGGGGCGCAAGGGGGGGCGCAAGGGGGGGUGCACAUGAGGGGAAUGGGGGAGGAGGUGGCGAGGGUGGGGGUAGGGGCGGGUGGAUGGGGGAGGUGGGGGUGAGGGAGGUGGGGGCGGCGGAGAGGAGGGCGGUGAGGGAGAUGGGGGUGGUGGGGGGGGUGGGGGGCGAGCAGUGGGAGGUGGUGGCGCCGCUGGUGGAGCAGGUGCAGGGCGUGCGGUGCCUUGUGGUGGACAGCAACCCCAUCCGACAGCAGGCAAGCCCGCCCUCUGUAGCAGCGGCACUGCUGUCCCGCCUGGGCAUGGACGUGGAUCUCGCAGACAGUGUGGCUGACGCCGUCGCUGCCCUGCAGUGCGCCCCUCCCGCCCUGCACCCCGCACCCUUCUGUCUCUUCCAUGCAUGCCUCCUCCCCUCCGUGUAUUCAGCAGCAGCGGCAUGGCAGGAAGGGGUGGGGAGCGGUGGGAGCCGGUGGGACGUGGUGCUGGUGGAUGCAGACUGCGAUGGCACCCCGGGCUCUGGCCUUCUCCUCGGCUCCCAUGUGGCCCGCAUCAACGCCACCCAUGCCGCCGCCCAUGCCACCCAUAAUGCCUACUCCCACACUGCUGACCACGUUGCACAUGCUCCCGGAAGCGACUCUGCUGUUGCCCCCGCUGCUCCUGCUACGGUCUUUUCUGCAGGGGACAUGGACAGUGGGCAGGCAGCAGGGGCAGCAGCAGCGGCGGCAGGGGCAGGGGCAGAGACGGUGGGCAGAGGAGGGUUCACGCCAUUGGCAGAUGAUGGCGUGGGUGGGGAGGACGAGGGGGAUAGUGGGGCGAAAGAGGGGUGUGGUGGGGGGCCGGACAUGGGCGCAGGGCAGGCAGAGCAGAGGGCAUGGGGUGAGUGCAGAGAGGGCGAGCGUGGGGAGGGGGUGGUGGAAGGGCGUGUGGGGAGGAAGGAGCCGGGUGAGAGGGAGCAGUCACAGGAGCACGCACAGGCACAACCACAGCAGCAGCAGCAGCAACAGCGGGCAGAGGCAGAGGCAGAGGGAGAGCAGCAGCGGUGGGCGGAGAGUGCAGAGUCGCUAGUGUUGCCUGCCAUCUCAUGCAAGCUCGUGCUGGUGGCUCAGGCAACGAGUGAGGACAUGGCGUUGGCAGCAGCAUCACAUGGAUUUUCCUGCAUUGCCCUCAAGCCCCUCCGCACGCCAGUGCUCGCUACAGCCAUGCUGCAGGCCCUGGGCGUGAGUGCGAGGGAGGUGCAGCAGGCAGCAGCACAGCAGCAGCAGUUGCACCUCAGACGACUGCUGCGAGGCAAAGUGGUGCUGGUGGUGGACCCCUGCUUCACCACGCGCAAGGCAGCAGCAGUGGCCGUCUCCCAGUUCGCCGAUGCAGCCUGUGCCGUGGCCUCACCAGCAGAGGCCCUCGCACGCCUCUCCCCGCCCCACCACUUCCACCUCGUGCUGCUCUCCCUCUCCCUCCCUCAUUUCCCCCCAGCACUCUUUGUCCAGCGCCUGCGAGAGAUGGAAGCUGCUGCAGCUGGUGAGGCAGUAGCGGGAAGUGGGGAAUACAGGGGAGGUUCAAGAGAGGAUGCGGAGAUGACUAGAAGUGCCAGUGGCGGCAGUGCUGGAGUGGGUGGUGGUGGUGCAGAGGAGGCAUGCGGCAGCAGUGCUUGUCAGAUUCCAGUGCCCGUGCUGGGAAUGGUUACAGAUUUCCUCUCCAACGACAUGCCACCACGCAAGUCCUCUCCCUUCCGUUCCCCGCACGCUUCCGCCGCGUCGUCAUUCUCCUCCUCCUUCUCCGGUAGGAAGCUCGUCGCGCCAUGCAUACCACGGCCGGCGGUAGGCCGCGAUCGGCGGCGGUUGGCAGUGGUGUCGGCGGUUGGGAGCGCGGAGAGCGGAGGCGCGGAUGCGUUGGGGAUGGCGGGCGAGGCGUACGGGCAGAUGGCUGAGGCGCUGCUUAAUGGGCUACCCCCCGAGGUGGAGCAGGCGGUGGUGGCGGUGCACCGCGAGAUCGCGCAACUCGCGGCGGACGCGGGCCUCUCCAUUCCGCUCGACGACCCGGCGUCGCUACGCCAGUGGACGGUGGCGCUGGUGCUGCUCGUGCUGUACGCCGCCGCGCCCCCCGCGCCGCUCAUGGGGCUGCUCGACUUCCUCGUCGCGCCCCUGCACGCGCGCACCGACAAGGAGCUGGACCCGGCGCGGGUGAAGGUGGGGCGGCAGAUAGGCGAGGGCAGCUUCGGCGUGGUGUACGAGGGUUUCAUCUCCAACGGCAAGGCGGGCAAGGAGGGGCGGUGGGAGCGGAGGGUGGUGUUGAAGCGAGUGAAGUCGCGGGUGAAGCACUCCGAUGAGAUGAGGGACGUCGAACUCUACAUGAACCACCGCCUGCAGCGCACGGCGCCGGGCGUGUGUGCGCGGUUCAUAGGCACCAUGCAGGUGGCGGCAGAGCAGGCCAGCGGCAAGCUCGACGAGGGCGUGUGGCUGGUGUGGGAGUACCAGGGCGAUCGCACGCUGGACCAGUUCCUGCGCCACCGCUCCUACCCGCUCAACCUCGCCAAACACGUGCUGGGCGUCGACGACGCUUUGUUGCGGGGCAGCAAGGGCAGCAGCGAGGAGGAGAGGGAGCAGCAGGUGUGGAUGGAGUGGGAGGUGGCGCAGGAGGUCAUGAGGCAGAUUCUCUCCGACCUCAAGCACCUGCACUCCUGUGGAGUGGUGCACAGGGACGUGAAGCCGUCGAACCUGAUACUGGACGAGCUCGCGGGCAGUCUGUGCCUCAUCGACCUGGGCGCCUGUGUCGACCUGCGCUCCGGCCACAACUACGUACCCAACGAGACGGUGAUGGAUCCCAAGUACUGUGCACCGGAGCGCUUCGUCAUGCCGCCCGGCACUACGCCGCCCCUGCCGCCCGACCCGCUGGCGUCGCUGCUGUCGCCCUUCCUGUGGGCGCUCAACACACCCGACCGCUUUGACGUCUACUCCGCGGGCAUAGUGCUGAUGCAGCUGUGCAUGAAGCGACUGCGCAAUGCGUCUGCUCUGAAGGAGUUCAACGAGGAGUUGAGGCGGUGCGACCACGACCUGGCCAAGUGGAGGGCCACGUUCAACCCCAGCGAUGAUGACAUGGCCGUGCUCGAUGCCAAUGGCGGAGCGGCAUGGCAGUUGGCGCAGCAGCUGCUGAGGAAGCGACCCAACCACGAGGAAGCCGUGUGGCCCAGCGCCAUGGGCGGGCGGCCCUCCGCAGCCCAGGCGCUGCGCCACGCGUUCUUCUCCAUGCGCGCGCCAGAGCCCUUCCGCGCGUCACGCCUGGCGGCGGCCACACAGGCAGCGCUGUCAGGCACGGCGUACGCCACGCUGGGGCGCGGAGGGGGCGCCAUGGCGCAGGCCAAGGCGCGCGCUGCCCAGGAGAAGGCGCGGGUGGCGGGGCGGGUGGAGGGGCGCAAGGGCAGGGCGGGGGAGGAGAAGGGGGAGAAGGGCAAGGCGCGGAAAGAGGCUGGGGAGAAGGGGGGGAGUGCUGGGAAAAGGGGAGGGGAGGGGAUGGGCGUUGAAGGGCUAGUGAUGGCUUGGGGGGGCAGAGGGAGGGGGGAGAGAGAGGAUUUAGGGAGUGAGAGGAAGAGGGUUGGUGGGAAGAAGCAAGCGGGGAAGGAGGCGGAGGGGUCAGGGGAGGGGAGGGUGGAGGAGGGGGUGGUGUUUGCGCUGCAGCAGAUGUGGGCGGCUAGCAAUGGGGGAGGGGGGAGUGGCAGUGAGAGCAGGGGGAAGGGGCGCGAGGAGGGUGUGGGGUCGGAUGGCAGUGGGAAGGGGGAGAGGCGGGCGAGGAAGGCAGGGAAGGGUGAGGAGGGGGUGAAGGGGUCAAGGCAAGGGGCGGCAGCAGGCAAGGGGGAGGCGCAGGGGCAGGCGGGCGCACUGGGGGCAUUGGGCGCGCUGGGCGCAGGGGGGGGAGGGCAGGGGGCGGAGGUGGUGCUGGAGGCGCUGAGGCGGGUGCUGGGGGAGGGGGUGGGGGCGGAGGGGGGGAAGGGGGAGCAGGGCGCAGUGGAGGGGCCGGCAGUGCGGUGGGGGGAGGGGGGCGUGCAGGGCAUGGUGAGCGAGGGGCGGCGGGUAGUGAGGGAGGCGUUUACUGGCGCUGUGGUGGCGCAUGCGGAGGCGUACAGUGGGGGGGCGGAGGGCAGGGCGGGGGGGAAGGACUCGGGUUCGGGCAAGGACAAAGGGUCUGGUAAAGAGGGUGGGUCAGGCAGGGAGAAUGGAUCGGGCAAGGAUGGGAGUGCGGGGAGCAGGGAGAAGGUAGCAUCGGGUAAGAGCAAAGGGGGGUCAGGGAAGGGGGAUGGAGGCGAGGGGGGUGGGAGCAAGGGCAGUGGCAGGGGGGAGGCGAAGGAGGCAGGUGGGAAGGCGAGGAGGAAGAAGGAGGAGGGCAAGGGGGCGCGCAAGAGAGAGCUGGUGGCCGCAGCAAUGGGCAGCAGCGGCGGCAGCAGUGGCAGUGGUGGCAGUGGUGGCAGUGCAGUGGAGCUACCAUUCGACCUGCAGCGCUCCAAGGCAGGCGAGCAGAAGAGUGCAGGCGAAGCACGGCAGGUGAAGGGGAUGGGGGAAGGCGAAACGGGUGGGGGGGGAGGCGCACUGGCGCAGGCACUGCUGCAGUGGGUAAGGGGAAGGGCAGGCGGGGGAAGUGAUGCAGGCGGGGGGAGCAAGGGAGCAGCAGCACAGGGCGAUGGGGGGCGGGGAAGUGUCAAGCCCAGGGGUGGUCGAGGAGAGGAGGGCAGUCUGAGGAGAGCAGGGAAGCGAGGGAAUGGGGGGGAGAGUGGGGGUGGUGGGAUCUCGGGAGUGCGAGUGAGGUGGGGGCUGCUGGGGCUGGCAUCCAAGGGCGUGGAGAGAGGCAUGGAGCGCGCCAGAGGGGCAGGUAGGGCGGGCGUGGGAGGCGUGGGGGUGAAUGGCAGGAUGGGCGGGGUGAGACUCAAGCCCAGUGCCACUGCUGAUGUGGCAGACCCUGUGACGGACAACGGCAUCAUCACUGACAUCACUCUGGAUCCCCAGGCCAUUGCCGACGUCAGCCUGCUGCUGGCGCUGUGCAGUCAGGGUGACGAGGAGGAGAGGGAGAGUGGGGGAGAGAGUGGAAGCGAGGAGGGGAGUGAGAGGAGAUCUGCCGGAGUAGGGAGGCAGAUGCUUUACAACAGCAGCAGCAGCAGCAGCAGCAGUGAGGCUGGAGUAGAGCCAGCUGCCUCUGCCCCAUCAGACGCCUCUUCGAUGCAAGUGGGCCUCACGUCUGCACGCGCCCUGCCUUCCACCUCGUCCACUCUCGACCCCGACGCGCACCCACUGGCGGCAGCGCUGCUGGCAGAUGGCGGUGUGGGCGGUGGCGAGGGGGCGGUGGGUGUGCAGCAGGCGGAGGUGCGGGUGGGGGAAGAUGGGAGUGUGCGAGUGAGUGCGUGCGUGGGAGGCGUGGAGAGCACUGUGCUGCUGCAAGCCGACAGCACUGGGGCGCUCGUCAUGGCCGUGGGGGAAGGAGCCACCGCGGGCCAGGCACCCUCAGCAGCUGCAGCUGCAGUGGCGGCAGAGGGCGCAGAGGCGAGUGCAGUGGCAGCAGGUGGCGUGGGAGGGUCCUCGCUGUCUCCUACCGCGCCACAGCCCCUUGCCAUCCCAGCCUCCACUGACACUGCCCCUGGACAAGUUGUGCUGCCGCUGUGGGGGUGGCUGGGAGGGCGUGAGCCAGCCAGGGAGGCAUUGGCAGAGGCAGCGGCUCAGCUGGCUGCAAUCAGAAGCAAGCUGCCCUCCGCCUCCACACCUGCAACCCCCACCUCCCCCCCUGCACCCCCCUCCACCUCUCUGCCCGCUGCUUCCCCACCUGCACCCUCUGCUUCAGCACCUGCUCUGUUACCCACAGAGAAUGCAGCCUUGGUUGUUGGUGGUAGUGGGGAGGAGGAGGCGAGUGGGGAGGAAGAGAGGCAGAAGCAUCUGUUGUCUGCUGUUGAUGUGCCGGCUGUGGCUGAGCCAUCAGUCUCAGACGAGAAGGCAAGACAGAUAGGAGUGGAGUGGAGAGAAACAGCGGAGGGAACACUGGUGGUGAGACUGGGUGCAGGAGAGGGAGCGGGCUUGGAGAGCACAACCGUGCUCACAGUGGAUGCCACGGUGGGGGAGAAUCUGGGCCAACAAGGGGGCAGCAACAGUAACAGCAGCAGCAGCAGCAGCGAUGGUGGUGUGCUGCAAGGGCUGCAGGAGCAGUUGUCAGUGGGCCUCUCUCCCUUUGCCAGCGCCAUUCGCGCCCUCACAGGGGUGUCACUGUGGGGCGGGGGCCAGAGGGUGCAGGGCGGCAUGACAGAGGCGCAGGUGAGGGAGCAGCUGGAGGAGCUGCGGCGGAAGAGGGAGGCGCGGCGGGCGGGGGCAGAGGGGCUCAACGCUGCUCUGGCGGGGCUCAACAGCCAGAUGUUGGACCUGCAGGCCACACUGCAGGAGAACAAGCAAGCCGUCACCGAGCAGAAGAAGAUUCUCACUCGGAUGGAAGUGCUAUUGCUGGAGGCUGAAGUUAUGCAGGCGGAGUACUAG